CUAUGGGCUGUGUGGAAUGAGACACGACUGUGAGAGCAGACAUGGAUGAACAAGAACCAGAGCUUUAAGCUUGGUUUGGCCGCUUGGCCGGACUAGAAAUGAAUUAUUCUACCUCUCAGAUGUCUGGAAUAACUAUGGUGGCACAGUAUUAGACCGACCAAAGGCAGAGCUACCUAACAGAGGAUCCUAGCAGGAUAAAGUUGAGAGCCUGGCAUCCAGGGAUACAUAGGAACCCAGAGGAGGAUAAAAAGCUGCUCUAUUUGUAUUUAACUUAUUGUACUUUCUAGAGGACUAGCUUCUAUAGGAUGUUCACACUUAGGAUGGGACAGAAGAGACCUCUGCUGCUCUAUACUUAUGUUCGAAUCAGGUCUGUCUAAUCAGUAAGUGCAGCAGAGAGUCGGAGAAGAGUGUCCUGGGACAGCAAGAGGAAAGGGAGAUUAGCAGGCAGAGGAAUACUGCUGUGCGACUGCUUGUUCGUGCAAUGCCCUGGCUGAGUGGUGGCAGGAGGAGAAGGCAACAGCAGCCACAGCAGCAUCAGCAGCAAUGCCCAUCCCAGUGUCCGCUGCCUGGCAUGAGGGAGAGCUCAGAGUUGCCUUUACCAGCUGGCUGGGAGGAGGCAAGGGACUACGACGGAAGGGUAUUUUAUAUUGAUCACAACACCAGACAAACCUCAUGGAUUGAUCCAAGAGACAGAAUAACGAAGCCAUUAACUUUUGCUGACUGUGUGGGGAAUGAGCUGCCUUUAGGAUGGGAAAUUGUUUACGAUCAACAAAUUGGGGUAUAUUAUAUGGACCAUAUAAAUCAACUUACACAAAUAGAGGACCCUCGAGAGCAAUGGAGACGAGAACAAGAGAGGAUGCUGAAAGAAUAUUUGGUUGUAGCCCAGGAGGCUCUUAAUGCCAAAAAAGAGAUUUAUCAAAUUAAGCAGCAGCGUUUUGAAUUGGCACAAGAGGAAUACCAGCAACUGCAUGAACUCUGUGAGGAUGACAGUCGCUCCCAUGCCAGCUUCUUUUCUGGAUUCUCUACAAAUACAAAAUAUGAUCCAUAUCAAAUUAAGGCUGAAAUUACAAGUCGCAGAGACAGGCUUUCUAGAUUAAAGCGAGAGCUAACACUGAUGAAGCAAGAACUUCAGUUCAAAGAAAAGGGAGUAGAGACGCUGCAAGAAAUCGAUCGUAAGAUGUCAAGUGCGCAUACAAAUUAUAAGCUAGAUGAGGCACAAGCAAUAAUGAGCGAACUACGAACAAUACGGCAAGCAAUUUGCCUGGGGGAGAAGGAAAGACGUGACCUUAUGCAGAGCCUGGCUAAGCUGACUGAUGGAUUCAGAAAUAGCUGUUGUAUCUCAGACUCCUUGCACAACAGUCAUCACAAUUCAAGCUCCCUCAGCGACUCGUGUUUACCUCAGCAAUACUGUGAUGCUUGCUCACAAACAGAUAACGUUGGAGAGUUUGGCUUUGAUGACAAAGCAAGAUUGGUGGAUAGAGUGAGACUAAACUGGCAGUAUGAGGAAGCCAAAAAAAGAGUUUCCAGCAUACAACACCAACUGGCUCUCCUGGACAGUGAAACCUGGCCAGGAACGGCUGAAGCAGAUAGGGAUCAUCUACAGCUCAUUAAGGAGAAGGAAGCCCUUCUUCAGGACCUGCAGCUCAUUUGUCAGCAGAGGCGAUCCCCUGAAGAUCUUGCAAAAUUAGAAGAAGAAAAGGGACGUUUAGCUGAUGAGAUCCAGAGGGCCCGCUCCACCUCUGCUCAAGGAAUUACUGAAAGGUUGCUGCUCCAAGAGAAAAGAAAUUGCCUUUUAAAGCAUCUAGAAGAGGCUACUCGAUUGACUUCUUACCUCCACACUCAGCUAAAAAGUUUGUCCGCCAGCACUCUUACCGUGUCUUCUGGCAGCAGCCGCGGGUCGCUGGCCUCAAGUCGUGGAUCCCUGGCAUCAAGUCGAGGCUCUCUCAGCUCCAUAAGCUUUACAGACAUUUAUGGCCUUCCACACUAUGAGAUGCCUGAAUCUCACGCAGAGUUUUCUCAGCAUUUGCGCUUUGAUAUGAUUCCUCUAGAUGCCAUUUGCAGAGAUAAUCAAUACCCUGAAGCAUCUGGACUCCCCAACCUCAGCAAACAUAAGAUGUCAAUGGAUACCCCACAGUCUUUAGCCUCCUUGUCAUCACGGUCGUCAUUGUCCUCAUUGUCACCUCCAAGCUCCCCUUUGGACACUCCCUUUCUCUCUGCUUCUCGUGAUUCUCCAUUGGCCCAAAUGUCAGAAGGUUUGGAGCAAAUAAUGGGGACUCUGGAAAUCCUAAAGGGACAGGCUCCCUCCCUGGUGGAUGAAGAGGCCCAGGGGACAUCCUACCAUAUACAAGGUCUCAGAGACAGUGGAGCACAGUUUCCAGGUUUAAGUGCCGGAAUCACAAUCCGUGAAGCAAUAAGUCUAGAGAGAACCAAAGGAGUCUCUGCCGGAUUAUCAGACGACUCUCUUGCAAGUGACAGUGGUGUGUUUGAAGCGCUAAGUAAAAGGAAUGAGAAUGUUGAAGAUUCUGAAAAAAGGGAAGAACCUCAAGUACAUGUUGGAGUAGUGUAUGAUAGUGGAAGCGAAUGUCUUUUCGUACAUGUUUUGCAGCUUAAAAAUUUUAAUGGCCUCCCCGUCAAGCAAGGAUGGAAGAUCCAUAUUAGAGUCUAUUUGCCUUCCCUUGAUUCUACCACACCGAGCACUUACUGUUCAAAAGCUCUGGAGUUCCAGAUGCCACUGAUGUUCAAUGAAAUUUUUAAAAUUCCCAUGCAGUCCAUUGUCCUGAAGCUGAGCUCACUGCAGCUGUACAUAUGUUCUGUGUGCCCGGAGCAGCAGGAAGAACUACUGGGGAUUGCUCAGAUCAGCUUGGCUGACUAUGAAGGUGCAAAAGAGAUGCAUCUUCGGUGGUAUCCUAUCCAAAUUUACAGCAGUGCUGAAGCCCAGAGGACUAACGAUGACAACACUUGCAGUGGAAAGUGCACACAGAUAUCUAAAAUGAACAACCGAGCAAAAACAGACGCUGUGUCAGUUUUAUUAGCUCGGACAACAGCUCAGCUAGAAGCAGUUGAGCGUGAACUGGAGGAAGAAAGGGUGAAGCUGGAAUACACGGAGGAAGAGAUUCUAGAGAUGGAACGUAAAGAGGACCAAGUGGAGGCAGCCUCAGAGAGGAGCUGGCAAGCAGACUCUGUUGACAGUGGGUGCCACAGUAACAGCACGCCAAUGAGUCCUAAUUAUACAGAGACGAUAUAUGGGCCUAUGUGUGCAGGGCAGGUAUCCCUGUAUGAUUCAGUGAAGAUUCACAGUGUACCAUUGAAGGUAGAUAAAGAGACCAAUACAGAAGACGUAUUUCCAGAUGAUGUUACUAUUUUGAAAAAAGAGAGAUCCUGCCGCCGGUCUCGCGGGGCUCCCUUUGUCCGCAGCAGCACCAUAGUCCGCUCCCAGACAUUCUCUCCAGGAGCAAGGAGUCAGUAUGUAUGCAGACUAUAUCGAAGUGAUAGCGAUAGUUCUACAUUACCAAGGAAAUCACCUUUCAUCCGAAAUACACUGGAAAGGCGAACGCUACGCUACAAGCAGCAGGCCUGCCAGUCGUCCAUGGCGGAGAUCAUGGCAAGGACAUCACUUGACCUGGAGCUGGAUCUCCAGGCUUCCAGAACAAAACAACAGCAGUUAAAUGAGGAGAUUCAUUCUCUUAAAGAGCUCAAGCAACGUCUGGAGGAGGUGCAGCUUCGAGGGCAGAGUGAACUUCCCCAGUGGGUUCUGCGUGAUGACCGAUUCCGCUGUUUGCUCAUAGAGGCGGGAAGACAGACCAGACAGACCAAGCUUGAGCAGCACCAAGAACAAGCAGCUGAGAAAAUGCUGAAGAAAGCCUCCAAAGAAGUCUUCCAGCUGCGUGGCCAGAAUCAGAAGGAACCGCUCCAGGUGCAGACCUUCAGGGAGAAGAUAGCAUUUUUUACAAGACCAAGAAUAAACAUACCUCCUCUUCCAGCUGAUGACGUAUGACGUGUUUCAUUCAAAAAGAAGUAUAAACCAUUUGUUCUUAUCUCCAUGAAGUUAUUAAACUAGUGAAGUUUAAUAUUUUAAAAGUUUUAAAAGCUAUUCAUUAUUUUCUAAAAAAUAAAAAAUAUUAAAAAAAUAAAAUCAUAUAUGCAAACAUAAAUAUCUAUAAUUAUAUAUUUUAUAAUGACUGCAGCGAGGCUUGGUUUUUCCUCGCUGUAACACUGACAACUUUGAAGACAACCUAUUUUAUAGUUCAACUAGAAAUAAAUGUACAGUUUUGUUGCUGUUUUAUGUAACUUUUAAUACAAGGCUGGAAAUCGGAAAUAAAGCGAGUUUCAGGGCAAUUCACUGUAUUGUAAUUUAUUUAUAGAUUCUCAUUUUCCUUGAGGGAAAAUACCAGCUUUAAAGAUGUUCUAGACUGAAUUUAUGCUUCCAAGUGUUUUGUCAUACAGUUGAAUUGAACCAGUGAAUUAGCUUUCUUUCUGGUACCUGAAAUGAAAAUACUAUUUGCGACUGUCACCUUUGCUAGCUUUUUUGUUACUUUCCCAUUUUACUCUUCUCUUUAUAAUGUAUCUCGUAUUAUUUCACACCAUCUCUGUUCUGUAUUGAAAUAUUAUCACUGCAAGGUUUUUAAUACUGAUUAAAAAUUGCAUUGCAUUUUUCAAAGAUU